AUGCGGACAGGAUGCGGGCGCAGGGGCGCCUCCCCUCCGGGGGGAGGGUGGGGGCCCGCGGUCCGGCGGGCGGCGCGGGAGCGGGAGCGUGGCCCGGGCCACGGCCUCCGGGAGGACGGUGGCAUCCCCCAGCCCAGACUGUCCGACCACAAAGGCGGCUGCGGCCGGGAGCCCCGGGGCGCCGUGGGGGUGGGGGAGCGGAGGGGGUACGGAAGCGGCGACUGGGCGGCCGCGGGGUGGGCCGGGGCGGGGCAUUCCGGGAGGGCGGCGGCCGCGCUGCGACUUUUGAAGUAG